AUGCUCUCCGCAGUCCUCAUCCUCCUGCAGCUCUGGAGCCUCCAGGUGGUCGUUGUCUCUAAGCCUACCUGUCAGGUGCACGGAGAUCUCAUCCAGACAGCCCACAACCUCCUCAGGGGCCUGGUAUGAACUUUGACCUUUUGACCAGAUAGCCCAAAUGGAAACCGGACAAAGUUGAUAAAUAUUUUAACUUUGGAAAAAUACACUGAACUUAGUAGCAUUAGCUGAUGUUAGCUUAGUUAGCAGCACUCUCAGUGGUUAGCUUGGCAUUUGUUGGCAUACAAGCUACUGAUGAACUGUUUUUGGUGUGUCCUGUAGGGGGAGGAGUUUCCUGACCACUGCCUGCCUUACAAUGCAAACAUCACCUUCCCACGCUCCCUAAUUUCUGCAACAGCAGCCAGUCAAUCUCAGGUAAUCUAAGACUCUUGACCAAUCACAGAGCUGCCCUCAUUUAAAACUGUUAAUUUAAAAAAAGCAAAAAAAUGUAGCUGGUUAAAAUUCUGUUGACUGUUUGGUUCCCUGCAGUGCCCCAAAGCUUUGAAUGCGCUUAAUGAGACCCUGUGGGGGGCGCAGCUGAAGUUCCAGAACCCUGGGGUACCACUGGGUGAGGGUGGAGUCAACUGGAACCCAAAUGGACUCGAACAGUUCCAAGGAGUGUGCCACCGUUUGAUACGACAGAUGAGCUGUGUAAGUACCUGAGAAAAAAUGCAGAAUUACCGUGAGCUUUUUGGCUUUACAUCCGAAUACUGGCGGCAGGCAGAGCCAAGUUGUCCAUAGUAUAUACAGUCUGUGGUCUGCAUACACACCCCCUGGCUGUAUACCUGUCUUUAUGUAAAUCUGUCUUUAUCAAAUAUCUAUUUCAUCAUUCCUGAAUUUAUCUCUUAUUUUCUCCUUCCUUUCUCUUUUUCAGAUGCGAAAUUUUGGUGGAUCAGAUGUUUUGACUGCAUACUUCAGUAACGUGGAAGCUGUUCUACAGCAGCCGGUAAGCUUAAAAUCACAAACCCUCAAUAGUGUUUUAAGAAAAAGUACAAAUAACAUCAUUGACCACUAUACACAGCCUGCUGAAAAAUUAGUGCACCUAAUAGACAGUGAGCAGUCAUUAGAAGAGGCUACACUUCUCAUUACACUUAACUGAAAACUAUUGUGUGAAUGAAAAUUCAGCCCUGCACAGAUGUCAUAAAAGAGUUGAAAGAUGCUUUAAAGUUCAACAUUUUUAUAAGGGGUUCUAUGGGGGCUAACUUACUUUUGGUCACAGCCUCUAGUGGACGCUUGAGGAACUGUGCUGUUUAAAUUCCUCUUUCUAUCAAAUUAUUUUUUCUUAAACUGCCAUAACAAGUGCGGAAAUUUUAUCUCAUCAAUGUUUUUAAAUCCUGCUAUUUUGACUUAUGUAAAAAAACAAAGUUUAUAGAAUUUACAAAAGAUAAAUCAGACUGUGUAUCUUAUGAUUUUAAAAGUAUAUCUUCAAAUUAUAACUUUUACAAAUGUAACUCAUAAAUAUUUUUUUACGUAUACCUCAUUUUAACUCAUUAGCUCAUGAUUUGUUUCUACUCAUAUAUCUAUUUUCUCACAAUUUUGACUUUUCAAUGCCUUCUACAGUUUAGAUUUUAUUUUGACAAAUCUUCUCUUUUUUGCUUUUUUGCACAUACUUUCUACUUUUUAUUUCUUUCUGACCUGAAAUAUCUUAAUUUAGACAUUAAAGAUCUAAAGUUUUGCAACUUAAUAUGUUUUUCUUUUCAUUUCAAAAUUUACCCCCCAAUUCACACAUUUUGGAUCUUAUAUAUAUAUAUAUUAUAUAUAUAUAAUCUUUUAUUUUUUUUAACUUUUACUCUUUUAUUUAACUUUUUCCUCAAAAUUUUGACGUCUUGGUUGAUUAGAUCCAAAUGUUUUUAUAACAGCUUUUACAAUUCAAGUCUUAUUUUGACUUUGUAUCUCUCCAUUUUUGUAAUUUAUCCUUAUUUUGAUGCUUUAUCUUUAAUUUUUUACUUUUUGCUUUUAUUUUACCAUUAUCUCUUAAUUUGGCCUUUUUAUCUUGUAAUUUUGAUGUUUUAUCUCAUUGUGGAGAUUUCUAAAACUUGAACUUAAUCGUUUGUUUUCAUUUCUGUGUUUUUUAGGAGAGCGCAGCCUGUGGUUGGAUGGCUCUGAGGAGAGAUCUGAUGCGUUUCCUAAACUCAACUCUGCACAAGAAUCGCACCUGUUUCAUCUGGAGGUCCUCCAAGCGACUGUAG